AUGAAGUACUCCGUCGCCGCCGCCGCUCUCGCCCUCGCCUCGGGCGUCGUCGCCAAGCCCCAAAUCACCAACAGCGGUGACAUUGACCCCAAGGAGGGCAAGGCCUUUACCCUCGAGCUCUCCGGCUGCAGCUCCGGCUGCACCGUCUACCUCAUGCAGGGUCCCAAGGACUCCCAGGUCCCCGUCAAGGUCCUCGACUCGUCCGCCACUGGCUCCGCCAAGAUCACCAUCAGCAACGUCGGCUCCGGCACCUACGGCCUCCGCGUCCAGGACAACUCCGUCACCGGCACCGCCGCCAACGACAACGCCAACAACGACUACACCGGCAUCUUCCAGUACACCGGCACCGGCCCGACCUCCUUCCCCCCUCUGUCCGGCUCGGCCACCGCCACCUCGUCCAGCGCCAGCGCCACCUCUAGCGACUCCUCCUCGUCUGCCUCGUCGGCUUCUUCCUCCGCCACCACCACCGACUCUUCCUCUUCCUCGUCGGCCACCUCGUCGGCCAGCUCCUCGGCUUCUUCCGCCUCGUCCGCCUCGUCCACCUCCAGCAAGAGCUCCUCCAGCUCCAGCAAGACCUCCGCGAGCAGCACCUCCUCCACCCCCAGCAGCACUCCUCCCCCCAACGCUGGUAACGUGGUUGCCCUCUCCCCCGUCGCCCUGAUUGGUGCCGCCGCCGCCGCUCUCUUCCUGUAA